AUCCAGAUGCCACUGCUUACUAAUUCUUUCUUCCACUGAUACAAAAUACUCAGCUUUUACAUGAUAUCUUGAUGAUAAUAACUGAUCGAAUCAGAUAGUGUAACAUUGAUUGCUAAUGUUAAUGUAUACUGCUUUUAGCGUGGUAUUAUUCACAUCAAGAUGUAGGAGAAGUGAAGAUCGCAGGAAUAUUCAAUGUUCAUCUUAAGGGCAAUCUUGGAAAAGGCUACUUCAAACGCUGUGGUAUCAUCGAUCCUCAAUACGGAAUUAUGUUUGUCGAAGCCAUGCUAUUCGCGUUAGACCGUAUAAACAAUGAUACUUCAAUACUUCAUGGAUUGAAACUGCGCACGCGGAUUUACGAUACGUGCGGGGACAAGCGGUACUUGCGCAAUGUUCUAGUGUAUGUGGCAAGGUACUCUCCUCAAGGCGUUGUAGGCCCCCAAUAUUCGGACGAUGCAAUAACAACCGCAACGGUUAUGAACAUCUUCGGUAAAAAUACCAUCAGCUACGCUGCAACAAGCCCGGAUUUAGAAAACCGCAUCCGGCAUGGCUAUUUUUACCGCACGGUACCAUCAGAUUACAACGCUGUGAAGCUUUUGGUGAGUUUGGCGUUGAAAUUCAAAUGGAAUUACAUUGCACUUAUCAGUUCAGAAGGAAACUAUGGUCAAAGAUCAUCAGAUCUUUUUCGAGAUUCUGCAACAAAACAAGGAAUUUGCAUCCCUAUAGACAUGACGAUAUCAGAGGAUGCCAAAACCGGUGACUACGAAUACAUACUGCAGACGAUUAAGAAGCAAAGCGCUAUUAAGGUUGUGUAUCUGUUGUUGACAGACAACCAUCUAAAAAUUUUCUUUGAAGUUGCUCAGAAGUUGAAAGAAGAUAUCGGGUAUCUGCAGUUUGUCGCAAGUGACGGGUGGGGAACAAGAUCUUUUGUGGCAUCAGGAAAAACAGUUGCAAAUGGAACAAUUACUUUUCAGGUGGAUCACAGCGAAGUUAGGGAAUUCAGAGAAUAUUUUCUCAAACUCAAGCCUGCAACAAACAAAAGAAAUGUUUGGUUUGAGCAGUUCUGGGAGGAAACGUUUAACUGUACGUUUAAGAACUCAACAGUCCAGAAAUCCUGCACUGGUGAUGAAGAACUUACGGACGGAGUAGGUUAUUACAGCCAGACACCAGUCCUAUCAGUUAUAAAUGCCAUGUAUGCAUAUGCCUAUGCGUUUGAAAAAGUAAUCUGGUAUGAAUGCCUGAAGAAAAACAAAACAGUCGAUUACUGCAGCAAGAAUAACGCCAUGCUACAAAAGCUUACUAGUUACAGAGCAAUAUUAUUCUAUGUUCGAAAUACGCGGUUCAAGGAGCCAUUCAGGAACAAAAUCUUUAAAUUUUCAGCAUCAGGGGACUACGAUGAAGAUUACAAAAUCUACAACUUUCAAAUGCCAAACAACACAACUCAAGGAAUAUUUAAAGAAGUAGGGAGGUGGAACAACGUUGACAACAAAACAGUGGUAUUUAGAAAUACUGUGCAAAACAUUCCCCUUCAACCAGAGACGUGGCGCCUGAACAUUGAUGCUGAUAGAAUAGGCUGGAAAUCUAACGCAUUGCCAGUUUCAGUCUGUAGUAGACCAUGUGAUCCGGGACACGUCCAGCAUUUCAGAUCAGUCUGCUGCUGGACCUGUGUUGCAUGUAAAAGAAAUGACGUCAUAAGGAACAACACUUGCCUGUCCUGUCAUCUGACGGCAGCGCCAGACCCCUCCAGGAGAUACUGCAACGCAUUGCCUGUAAAAACAAUUGCUAUGUACAAACACAUAUCGGUAACUAUUCUCUCCGUAUCAAUCCUCGGAAUAUUUGCUACGUCUGCAGUAGGGGCCUUGUUCUUGAAGAACUUCGACCGGCGCAUCGUCAGAGCAUCAAGCCGUGAAUUAUGCCUUCUAAUGCUUCUAGGCAUAAUUUGUGCGUAUGCCUCUCCAAUCGCUUUCAUUAUCAAACCCAGUUCAAUGGUCUGCAACUUACAACGAGUAAUUGUUGGCAUUGGUUUAACUUCGUGCUACGCGCCGCUGCUGUUGCGGACAAACAGGAUUUAUAGGAUUUUCAAGAGUGCCAAGACCACAGCCUCUCGUCCGUCCAUGAUCAGCCCUCGAUCUCAAAUUGCCAUGUCAAUGGGGACCUCAGGAAUCGGCAUUUUGAUCGGCCUCGUAUCGAUUCUUGGGCGUGAUUCACAGAUAAACACCGCAUACCCAAGUCACAGGGAAUUCGUCGUUCAGUAUUGCGAGUUAAAUGCACAGACGAUGAUCGUUAACUUGUCCUUUAGCUCAGCCUUAAUGAUUGCUACAACAUGGUUUGCCUUCAAAACGAGAAACUUCCCAAAGAACUAUAAUGAAGCAAAGUACAUUGGGUUGACAAUGUACGUUACAUGCCUUGUUUUGGCAGUUGUAUUGCCGCUGUUCCUGUUUAUAAAUGACGAAGAAGGGAAAUCACGUACAUUGACUUUAUGCUCCCUUUGUUUGAUAACAGCGUCAGUCAACUUGCUUGGACUGUUUGGCAAUAAAGUGAAACUGCUUCUGUCGAAAAAUGCCGUCGAAAUAGAUACAAACAUUGCGACGUUGGAAACCACAAGAACCAAUAUGCAAAGAAUUGGAGUUACGGUCAGUUUUAAUGACAAGACUGAAUUUAGGGGUGAAACACGCUGUGAUCGGACAACAAUUACGCCAACCGCGUAACUGUGCUCGAAAUUUCAGAAGAACGAUACUGGGCUUAGCAUCAUUUUGCAAUCAGUAACCAUCUGUAUUAUAACUGAGCCCUAAAAGGACAACAAAAUUAGCAAACCAUAGUAUUUUUCUUUCUCAUCCUUAAGAAACUGCUCGAAAAUCUUUGUUUUAAAGAUGGGUUUGAAUGAUUCUUCUCUGCGAUUAGGCACCAAUUUUCUAUUUUACAAAGAUGAACAAAAGAAGUGUUUCUUUUGACUUUGUAGGUGUUCUGCUUCGUGUUGUCUCACAUUAAAUGUUUAUUUCUUAAAAAAAUAUCUCUUAAUGAUUUGAUAUUUAAGGCAACUUUAAGAAACUUUUACACUGAGAUUAACAAAAGAAACUGCGAGCUUAUCCCGAGUUCAGUUUCUUAUAAAAAUGAAUAACACAGUUAAACAUGUCAUUGGUUGUUAAGAUAGAACUAUAGCCUUUUAGCAAACAAGAAUUGAUGAUAUGAAUGCUGUUCAACCGGCAUCUUAGCUUACUUUGUACCAAAAUGGUAAUGAGCUAAUGAGGUAUAGGCAGCGAUGAUCACAAAAACCUUCUUCUCCUCAUAUAUAAGAAGAGGCAUAUAAAAAUACUACUCGGAUGUAAUUUGAUUUUCUUUUUCAUUUACGAAAUACUUCACAUCAAUAAACUGCAUCUCAAAGAUCUUUAUCCUGCCAUCAUUAUUGGAUAAAUAUGAAAUUUAUAAAAAGUCUAACAAGAAUAUGUUAUAGCAAUACAUGAAUAACCAGUAAACAAAAUUACCCCAGUGACUGCAAAAAACUGAAACAACACACAAACUUACUGAAAAAUCUUCAGUACAGACAUCUAAGUCAUUUACCAAAAAAUACUUUAAAAAGGAUGAAAUCUUUUAGGAGUGAUUUUGGAAUGGCUACAUUUUAUUGCAUUUUAUCAUCAAAUCGAAAACCUCACUGAAAAGGACUUAAUAAGCAAUUCAAGUACUUCAUAAAGGCAUGAAAACUGUUCGAGGCUUAUUUAACUCGCUUUAUUAAAAACAGGAAACAGAGUUUAUAAAUCCUUUAGUUUGCUUUAGCAGCAAUUAUUGAUGUUAGUUUGCUUUAUUGUAAUGAUGUUAUAUAAAGUAGAGUAAGGAGAAACAGAGUUAGUUAGAGAGAAGCGUGGUGCUUGCGAAAAGCCACUGCUGUCAAACAUGUAGACACUCACUCGCACACACACAAAGAACAGUCAUGGAUUGAAAGGCUAAGAAAGGGCUGAUGACAUUCAACCUGAGUGGCUUGUGAAAGCACUCGAGGUUUCGUUUCAUAUAUAUAUAAUUUAAUGGCGUAACAGUUCUUGUGAAAGGCUGUUUAGUACCUAAGUUUCAAUAUUGUAUAAAAGGACGUCUUAGCUUUGGAUGGAAUAAAAGGAAUUGAUUUUGUGUGUCAAAACGUGUCGUUUAUUCGCUCGGUCAAUCGCUCAUACAACGGAUGGUGUCAGAAGUUUUACAAUUAUGUAUCAGUAGCAAAUUUUACAAUGGUGUCAGAGAUGGGAUGCACAAAUUGUACGAAUUGUUCGGGACUCACGGAUUGUUCAAAUUUUACGAGAUCUUUGAUUGUGCAACAUGUACGAAGCGUUCGAAUGGGGCUGGAAACAGACCCGAACCCAAACUUUUGAAGACUCAGCUCGGAGAAGCAUUCAGCUCUUCAUUUACUAAAAGCGACGUCUAUAUGUCAUGUGAGCAUACCAAGGUGAAUACCCUAAAACAGCAUUUGAAGAAUCUGUACGUGAAGAGAGCAUGUGUUUUUACGAUGGAAGGCAACGAACAACUGUUCAUAGAGACUAUGGUUCGCAUACCCUAAAUACCAUCCAGAGAUGCAUAGUCGAACCAAACAGAAGCUGGCAACUAUUUCAAUCACGGGACUUGUCGAUUUCUAUUUUACGGACACAAAAUAUUCAUUGGACGUUUAAUUAAUAUUUCAUCAGAUUCACUUUAAGAAUCGAGGACGAUUCAUUUUCCUUGAUAGGGAGGUAUGUAAUAUAGGUACUUAUUUCAUUUUAGGUCAGUCUUGCGUUUAUGCUGAUGUCUAUCUCGAGCCUUCUUAUUCUGAUGUCUAUCUCAAGCCUAAAAAGCUUAACAACAUUUAUUAUUUUGUCUUAUUAUUGAAUGUGCAAUGAAUUUCACAAAUGCAAAGUUAGAUUCUAGCCGUUCUUUGGAAGUUGCCUGGCAACCUCUAUUGAAGUAUUGGAUAACCUUCGUUUGCAAUAUUGGGUAUUUUCUUUCAAAGCGUUAUGGAGUAAGAUUAGAGCCGGAUACAAGAAAUGACAACCGAAAGUGUAAAGGUAAACUUAAAAACAAAUUGUAGGAAAGAUAUUGACUUCGGAUGCAUGAGCCAUUGAAUUUUUUAGGGAACUGGCAAAGCUGUGUAAAUAGUAAGCGAAAAUCAUGCAAACGAUCUAGGCAGUUGCAAGCAAAAUUUGAGUGUGUGGAUAAAGACAAGAUGUUUUCCUCAUACCAAACUGACAGUUACUUCGGUAAAUGACUCUUUUGUGGAGAGAUGCAGUUACAAAUGGUUGGCUAGGAAAGUAAUCAGUAGCAUCUCAAUAUAAACUACUCAUGAUAAGAGAUAACGUUGUAACAACUCUACACAUAGCUGUAUCCAUCUCAAGGUCACGGGAACAAAGCAAAGCAAGACGAUAUGGCCAAAAUGAUAAUAAAGUUGCUUAUACUCGUUCUUUCUACAGUUUUCAGUUCAGGUAAGGGAAUUAUCUGUUUAACGUAAACAACGAAAUCUUUAGUAGCUUCAAAAAGGACUUGUUCUUUAUAUGUUGCAGUCAAGGGAAGUCCUGAAAAUCCUGGAUCUAAAUUUUCCGAUAAAUAUUGCAGAGAAUUCUGGCCCACUUCUAAAGCUUUUUAACUUGAUCUGCACCGUUCCAGCCACAGAAAUCUCUCUUUGUCCAACACAAAACGGAUUUCCUGAAAGAAAUAUUUUAUUAAGAUUGCCUAUAUUUACAGCUUUUGCCAAUCGUGAAACCUCGGUAAAAGGAGCAGAACUUUUUUAUGAUAAGGGUAGAAAGAGGACAGAUGAUAACGAUAAAGAAUUUUUAGCAUGUUUUAAAUGGGGAAAAUAAUCAUUCAUACAUCCAGAAUUCUGCAAUAUGUUGAAACAAAACUUUGUCUCACAGAACUAGAUUUCUAGAAGUUGUAUUUCUAGUCUAUAUUGCUAGUAUCUUUGUCAAUGGUAGAAUCCUUGGCAAAUGUCUUUGAAAACUAACUCUACUCAGUUUCAAAGGCAGAUUCAGCCAUCCUCCUGUCCCUCCAGGAACAAUGUUUGUGUACCAUAGGAAAACGAAGAAGGUUACGGAGUACACAAAAAAUACAGAGAGAUAUUGAAAACUCAAACAUUUUGAAAUCAAAUACACCUGUCUUAAAGAUAUCAUUUGUAAAAGAUCUGAUUGGCUCUCUAUGUAAGUGAAUUCUAUUCUUUUGCUUGCACAACAGCAAAGCUUACUGUACGCACAGAGCGUUUGAAUAAGUGACUGCAUUCAGUGUUUUUCUAACUCUGCUUUUAUGGUAUCUAA